CUAGGACGGUCGUGGUCUCGUCGCCGGCGAGAGUCGCUGGUUUCCGAUGGUCAUCCCGGAGGACCUGCUCUUCGAGAUCCUCAAGCGGCUGCCGGUGAAGUCGCUGUGCAGGUUCAAGUGCGUCUCCACCCUCUGGCGGUCCCUCAUCUCCGACCCUCGUUUCGUCGACUCCCACUUCGCCCACUCCUCCAACCACCCCAAGCUCGUCAUCUCCCUCCCGAGCCACCCUCAUGCCGGCCCGCGGGCCCGCCUCUUCUUCGCGGCGAACCUAUCCGAACCCGGAAACGACCACCGACCCUGGACCGUUUCGCCUUACUUCUUCGCGCUCGGCACGGCCUGCCGUUACGUCUCGCAGUCUAUCCACGGCCUGAUUUGCUUCCAGGUCGAUGGUUACGUCGGAGUUUGCAACCCCACCUCCGGGAAGUACAUGACGUCGAGGACAGUGGAGGCGAAGGUCACCGGGGAGUGCGCUUAUCUGCACUACUCGUUCGGGUUCGACCCGGUGGCUAAGAAGUACAAGGUGUUGCGCACGUUGGCGACCCGCAGGUCGAUGCCGGGCGGUCUUCGUGAGUUGAUCAUGGAGCAGCACGUGCUGGAUCUGGCAUCCGAGACGUGGCGGAGGAUCGAGGAUGGUCCUCCUCACAUCAAGAAAGAGGGUGAAAUUUGUUUUAACGGGUUGGUAUAUUAUAGGGCUUGGAAUGGCAACAUUACCAAUCCAAGGCAGGACUACUUGGUGGAAUUCGAUGUCGGAACGGAGAGCUUUCUAAUGGUUAAGUUCCCCGGCGAUAAUGGUCCCCGUGGAGGUCAUCACAAAGUAUGCCUUAUUGAAUUCGAGGGUCGCGUCGCUGUGGCCGAUUUACGUAACCUUAAGCGCGAUGGCAGUGAUGACGUCGUUUUGUUGAUCUCGGAGGACUUUGAGCGGGAGAUCUGGAGGAAAAAAGUUAUUGCAUUGCCGCCGCGUUGGAAAAAGAUUCUCGUGGCUGAAGAGGUUUUUCUGGCUGGUACAGUUAGUACCGGUGAAUGGUUGUUGGUAUCACAGAUAAUGUUGAAGCCGCCGCGUGUGUUCUACUACAAUCCGAAGAAUAACAGUUUUCGUGGGAUCGAAAUUAGGGGGUUACCUAAAUAUAGAAUAGUACUGCCUCCUGCUGUUUGGCAAACGUUUACUCAUCACGUGGAGAGUCUACUGCCGCUGGAAGGCCUUCAUGACAGGCACAUGCCGUGGAGGCUUUAGCUAGUUGAACACUGAAUCACUUUGCCAUCCACACAUUUUAUACUAUGUUCAAAGACGUGAAAUUAGUAAUCGUCUCUGGCUUCGUCUCUCUGAAUUUGUGGCUUUAUGUGACAUAUCUAUCAGCCAUGAUUGUAGGAAAGAGGCAUUGCCCCUUCUUGUAUUGCUUUUGUUGUUAUUUGAAGAACUGACCAGCUAUAUUAGCUAAUAAGCAUUUUCGUUUGCUUGUUGGCAAGCAGGGAUAUAUCCUGCUUAUUGUGACAUUUCUUGGAAUGAAAGUUUCAAGACAA